CGCGGGGGGCUGGCCGACAUGCGCCGGCGCUGCUGAUUGGCCGCCUAGGGGAUAGGCUGAGCUGGGUCCUGAGAAGCUGGGGCUGGGGCUGGCCUCUCUUUACCCACAGUCUCCGGCCGGCCAGUUCCUCCUCGGCCAGAGCUUCCCGCUACGCGUGCCGGUUGGGCCCCCUUCUGGGUUUCAGAAUGCAGAAGUGGCUCUUGGCAGUGGUGGCCUGCGUGCUCCUUGGCGUGGCGCCUUCCGAGGGACAGUCCAGGAAGAAGAGAUCUGUGGAUCCCGAGGCGUACAUGAACAUUAGUGAGAUCAUCUCGCACUGGGGCUUCCCCAGCGAGGAGUAUAACGUGGUGACCGACGAUGGCUACAUUCUCAGUGUUAACCGAAUUCCGCAUGGCAGGAAGAACCGAUGGGAUAAAGGUCCCAGGCCGGUGGUGUUUCUGCAGCACGGUCUGCUUGCUGAUGGGAGUAACUGGGUCACGAAUCUGGACAACAACAGCCUGGGCUUCAUCCUGGCUGAUGCCGGUUACGAUGUGUGGAUAGGGAACAGCCGAGGGAAUACCUGGUCCCGCAAACACCGGACGCUCUCUGUUUUCCAGGAUGAGUUCUGGGCUUUCAGCUUCGACGAGAUGGCGAAAUACGACCUGCCUGCCGUGGUCAACUUUGCCCUGAACAAGACUGGGCAGGAGCAGCUGUACUACGUUGGCCAUUCCCAAGGCACCACGCUAGCCCUCAUCGCCUUCUCCACUUUGCCCCAGUUGGCCAAGAAGAUCAAGAUGUUUUUUGCCUUGGCGCCCGCGGCUACUGUCAAGUUCAGCAUCAGCCCCUUGGCCAAGCUGGGGAACUUCCCAGAUUUCGUCUUCAAGGAUUUAUUUGGAACGAAGGAAUUUCUCCCCGAAAAUUGGAUUUUGAAGUGGCUGGGGACCCACGUGUGCACCCACAGUUUACUGAAGGAGCUCUGCGGGAACCUCCUGUUUGUGCUCUGUGGGUUCAAUGAGCACAACCUCAAUAUGUCCAGAGUGGACGUGUACAGCAGCCACAAUCCUGCCGGCACGUCGAUACAGAACAUGCUCCACUGGAGUCAGGCUUUCAAAACUGGGGAGUUUAAAGCCUAUGACUGGGGAAGCCAAGAUAAGAAUUACUUUCACUACAACCAGACUCGCCCUCCGUUCUAUCGCGUGAAGGACAUGCUGGUCCCGACGGCCAUGUGGACUGGCAGCCGGGACUGGCUGGCGGACCCCAAGGACACGGGCCUCCUGCUGACUCAGAUCACCAACCUGGUGUACCACAAGAACAUCCCCGAGUGGGAACAUCUGGAUUUCAUCUGGGGUCUGGACGCCCCCUCGAGGCUCUAUGAUGAGAUCCUGGGGCUGAUGAGGAAGCACGAAUGAAGCUGCCCGUGGCAGAGGCGCAGCUCAGGAGUGGCGCCUCACUCUCGCUCUUGUUUCCUCGGCCUGAUUUGUGCUUUCCCCAAGCGUUCUGCCUCCUUCUGACUGGUUGGCCACGUGGCCACGGAGCCUAUCUGGACUGGCAAGGCAGCAUCUCGGUCACGUGGACCGUCCCCUCCCUCUGAUGAUCUAGACCCCCAAAUGAGAGCCCUGGUUCCCCCCAUUUUAAAGAUGGGGAAGUGGAGGCUCACCCUUGGAAUCACGAAGCUGAAGCUCACCCCAGACUGGGGUGAAGGUCCCCCCGCCCUGCCCGCGCCCCCAUGUUUAUCUCAGGGAGCAAAGUCUGCUAGAGGCCGGCGCCCACAUGCCCGUGGUGCUUGAUGGGGCCCUUCUGACCGAGGCUGCUCUAACCCUGGUGACACUUAAGAGACUAGAGCCCCAUUGUAUGAGAGGAGGGCCAGUGGUUGGCUGACACGGAGCCUCGGUUUCCCUGUUUGCAGCCCUUUGCCAGUUCUGGUUCUGCCCUCUACAGCCCAGUUUAGUGGGGGAACCCUCAAAGCCUUAAAGACAGCUGCCAUCUCCUUGCCACCCUCUCCAGGGCAUCUCUCCAUCAGGUUAAAGAAACCCCCUUCUUUCAAGAGAGAGACUGUGUGACCCAGGGGCCAGAGGGUUGGACUCCGAGUCAGGAAGACUCGGGUUUGAAUCCCUCCGACUCUGACUAGUUAGUUAUGUGACUCUGGGCAGAUCAUUUAAUCUUUCUCCAUCUAAGUCAUUAGACCCCAGUUUGUAGCCCUCCUCUGACCCCCAUUAGCCGUGGCCACGUAACCUCUUACCUCUUUGUUUCCUUGCCUCUGAAAUCAGGGCCUGGGUUCAAGGGUCCCUUUAGGUUCUCACUCUGUGAGCCUGUUGAAAGCCCCCCUUUCCCAAGCAGAGCGGCCAACGGUGCCGUCUCCAGCAGGGCGAGGGCCGGUCCUGGCCACGGGCGUGUCUGCUCUCCAGCUUAGCAUGGUCAUGGCUCAGCCCCCUGGAAGCGCCUUAGAAUGACUUCAAAGACUGCCGCCCUGAACCCUUUGGGGCUCUGCUGAGGCCCCCCGAUGCUGUGAGGGGCCACGUUUCGUGGCUGCCGGGACGUCCUGAGCCCCACCCACCCCUCGUCCUAGCCUGCCUGCCCCCCGGAAGGGACGCCUUUCAGCUUGGAAGGAGCCUCUGCUGGCGUUUGCUUGCCUUUUCCCUUUCAAAAUGGCACCCACCCACCUCAGCUCAGGAAGUCCGAGCGUUCGAGUCUUUCCUGGUAACUGCCCGGAUGACUUUUGUGUGUGUGUCCCGGGUCCCUGCAGCUCUCCCGCCGGGGUCCUCCUCGAAUUCUAGACCAGGAUUGAGGGAGAUGCCGAAGCUGGGAGGACCCCCACGUGGACAAAGGCUACUUGGACCCUGGCAAGAACGUGCCGCCCAAUAAAGUGGACUGUCGUCACCA